UGCUAAUGGGAUUGAGGGCGGUCAUCUAUCAUGUCCAGCUCUGUCGUCACCCUCACUGAGCUCAACCCCCUCUGCUGGGAUGGACAGUUCUGCCCUGCCAGCAGCCACAGAGACCCCAUCCUCCACCGAUCAGACCAGUAUAGCCACAGAGACACACACCACUGAUGCAUUGCCUGUUGGUUGGGAACAGCGAAUUCUUCCUCAUGGACGAGUCUACUAUGUGGAUCAUAACACAAAGACCACCACAUGGGAGAGACCCCUCCCACCAGGCUGGGAGAAGCGUGUGGAUCAGCGUGGCAGGUUCUACUAUGUGGAUCACAACACCAGAACCACCACGUGGCAGCGGCCCACAGCCGAGUCUGUGCGCAACUAUGAGCAGUGGCAGUCUCAGCGCAGCCAGCUGCAGGGAGCCAUGCAGCAGUUCAACCAGAGAUACCUCUACCAGUCGUCUGGAGGUGUGGUGGAGAAUGACCCGCUCGGGGCUCUUCCUCCAGGCUGGGAGAAACGUCAGGACAACGGAAGAGUGUACUAUGUCAAUCACAACACUCGAACGACGCAGUGGGAGGACCCUCGAACCCAAGGCUCAAGACAGGGUGGCUCUCCGGGUGCGUACGACCGCAGCUUCAGGUGGAAAUAUCACCAGUUCCGCUUCUUGUGUCAUUCCAACGCGCUGCCCAGUCAUGUGAAGAUCUCCGUAUCCCGACAGACUCUAUUUGAGGACUCAUUUCAACAGAUCAUGAACAUGAAGCCGUAUGACCUCCGCCGGAGGCUCUACAUCAUCAUGAGAGGAGAGGAGGGCCUGGAUUACGGAGGAAUAGCCAGGGAGUGGUUUUUCCUGCUGUCUCAUGAGGUGUUGAACCCCAUGUACUGUCUGUUUGAGUAUGCCGGGAAAAACAACUACUGUCUGCAGAUUAACCCUGCUUCUUCCAUCAACCCCGACCACCUCACCUACUUCCGCUUCAUCGGCCGCUUCAUUGCCAUGGCACUAUAUCAUGGGAAGUUCAUUGACACGGGCUUCACUCUACCCUUCUACAAGCGCAUGCUUAACAAGAAACCCACCCUCAAAGACCUGGAGUCCAUCGACCCUGAGUUUUACAACUCCAUCAUGUGGGUCAAAGAGAAUGAUUUGGAAGAGUGCGGCGUGGAGCUGUACUUCGCUCAGGACAUGGAGAUUUUGGGCAAGGUGACGACACACCAGCUGAAGAACGAUGGAGAAAAUGAACUCGUCACUCGGGACAACAAGGAGGAGUAUAUUAGUCUGCUCACUGAUUGGCGCUUCACACGUGGGGUGGAGGAGCAAACGAAAGCCUUCCUGGAUGGCUUCAAUGAAGUUGUGCCUCUGGAGUGGUUGCGUUAUUUUGAUGAGAAAGAGCUAGAGCUCAUGUUGUGUGGGAUGCAGGAAAUUGAUCUGAAUGACUGGCAGAAGAGCACCAUCUAUCGGCAUUAUACCAAAAACAGCAAGCAGAUCCACUGGUUCUGGCAGGUGGUAAAGGAAAUGGACAAUGAGAAGAGAAUUCGCCUGCUGCAGUUCGUCACAGGAACUUGUCGCCUGCCGGUUGGAGGCUUUGCAGAACUGAUAGGAAGUAACGGGCCACAAAAAUUCUGCAUAGACAAAGUGGGGAAGGAAACCUGGCUGCCUAGAAGUCACACCUGCUUUAAUCGUCUGGAUCUGCCACCCUAUAAGAACAUGGAGCAGCUCCGAGAAAAACUUCUGUUCGCUAUCGAGGAAACUGAGGGAUUCGGACAAGAGUGAUGAGACUGAUUAUAUCUCGGCAUGCGAAGGACAGGACCGACACAAUAAUUAACCAGUUUCUUUUUUUUUUAAAAAGGCCAUUAGUGUGGACUGAAUGAACAGACUUACAGUCUGACAGAUUUACAGUUCAACCUAAAAAUGAAAACUUAUUUUAUUCACCCUCACGACAUUCCAAACCGAUAUGCUGUUAUUUUUCUGUGCAGCACAAAAGAAGAGUUUGGAGGAAUUGAUCGCUAUGAUUUGUUGUUGUACAGAAAAGAGCUGCGUGACGAUUCUUCAAACUUCAACGUUUGUGUUCCACAGAAUAAAUAACCGCGUGCUCAUACGUAAUGUCAUGAGGAUGAGCAAACAACAGCUUCAUUUUUGGGUUAACUAUACUUUUAAACAGCAGAGCGAAGACGCUGAUGGACCAGCAGCAGAUAAAUGAUUUGUCUGAAUGUAAUAUUUCAUUUGGUCACUUCAGGGAAUGAUGAUUUCACCUUACAUUUCUAUGCAGAUAAAACAGUGCAAAUUAUGGAACACUUCACAGCAUAAUGUCAUUAACCAGAUUUGUCAAUCAAAUUCAAAUGAAUUCCCUGAACUGCCUAAAUCAAAAUGUAAUCAAUCCUGAUUUUCCAGUGUGAGGUGAAAUUCUCAAACUCACUGCUUAUAAUGCAGAAUUAUUACUACUACUAAUAAAAUAAACCGCAGCGAAUCUUCAGUUGCAGAUGUCAUGGACCGCAGAGAUGGGGCUCGUGUGUCAUAUCAGUGCGUGUAUAUGGACUAGAAGACCACUGAGAUAGAAAAUAAUUGUUUUAAGAUUGAUCAGACAUGAUUUCAUUAUUUUGUGACAUGCUACACUGUAUAUAGAUGAAAUAAAAUCCAGUCAUGGACUGUAAACAUAAUCUGUGGCAGAAAAAUGAUGAAGGAUGAUGUUGACAGGUAAUAGGGCGGUUCUUUAAUGAAUCGUCUAAUAGUUUAAAAAUCACGUUCAGUUUAUUUGGUAUUUUUUAUAACAAGCCAUUGCUGUCCCUAAUGCUGCUGUCAUUACUACCAUCUCAACAAGCAAUUCAAUUUAAGUUUAUUUUCAAGUUUAUAUUUAAUUAUAAUGGAGAUGAGAAGAUGGAGCACAUUUCUGCCUAUGCAGCAGAGUGACCGUUUGAAGAUAUGAAAUUUGCUGAAUUUACCAUAAGUUGUGAUUUCCAUAAUUAUUACUAAAGGACAAUAACG